UUCUGGAUUGCUUGAGAAGAAAAAAUCUUCGGCUUCACGUUCCUGGCAAAGUGGCUAGCUCAGAGAAAUGGAUCAUUAAUUGUGUUGAGGGGCCUCUGAGUUGGCCAAAUGCCCCAAGAAGAUAUCUGGUUAGUCAGUAUCAUCGACAGAUAGCAGCAAACCCUCCUCCAGCUCUAGCUCCUAUCCCAGCAUCAGCCUCACCUAGUAAUGAUCCAGCACCAUCUGAUCUAGUUCCUGCCAAUUAUUCAUCUCCGAGCACCAUAAAUUUUCCACCUGUUCACCAUGUUGUUCCAGAAAAAUCACCAAAAAAGCAUGAUGGCACUAAGAUGGAAAAAAUUGUUGUUGUCGCUGCCACUGCAACAGGAGUCCUUGCCUUCGUUGCACUGCUCCUCUUUUGCUGUCUUAAGGGUAGUAGGAAAAAAAUUGUUGGAAGAAAUGGACAAAGAGAUGAAAGACCUCUUCUCACGUUAAGCCUGAAUUAUUUUUCCUCUGGUUCUUCACAAAAGUCUGUUAGUUUAGGAAACUCAAGUCGUAAAGAUCUCAGUUUUGAUAGUGGAAAGAAUCCAUCUUUACUUAUCAAUAUGUCCAUAAAGCAUGGAAACAAUGAUUCCUCGCUGGCUGUGGCACCAGCAUCAGAAGGUGCAGAUCCAGUGCCAUUACCUCCUUUAAAACUCCCUCCUGGAAGAUCAGCUCCUUUACCUCCUGAUCCACCAAGUCCACCACCACCACCACCUCCUGUUACUCAGUCCCCACCACCUCCUAAAAUUGCUCGACCUCCACCUGCUCCACCACAACUAAUGCCUAGGAAAAAUCGAUCAUCAUGUCUUGGACCACUUCGUGAAAGACAAGAGGGAGAUGAUCUUGAUGGGGAGUCUGGAGCUCCGAAGGCCAAGUUAAAACCAUUCUUCUGGGACAAGGUUCUUGCCAACCCUGAUCAAUCAAUGGUCUGGCAUGAGAUCAGCUCUGGAUCAUUCCAGUUCAAUGAGGAGAUGAUAGAGUCGCUAUUUGGUUAUAACAAUAUGGACAAAAACAAAAUUGAGCGCAAGAAAGAGGCAGCAUCACUUGAGCCUUCAGUCCAGUAUAUUCAGAUCCUUGACUCUAAGAAAGCACAAAAUUUAUCGAUUCUUCUACGAGCACUGAAUGUGACAACAGAAGAAGUCCUUGAUGCUCUUCAAGAAGGUAAUGAGCUUCCUGUGGAGCUCCUUCAGACAUUGCUUAAGAUGGCACCAACAACAGAAGAAGAACUAAAGCUCAGGCUGUUCAGUGGUGAUCUUUCUCAUCUGGGCCCUGCAGAGCAGUUCCUGAAAGUUUUGGUUGACUUUCCCUUAGCAUUUAAACGACUAGAGUCACUUCUGUUUAUGAGUUCGGUUCAGGAGGAAAUCUCUAGUGUUAAAGAGUCCUUGGCAACUCUAGAGGUAGCUAGCAACAAACUAAGAAGCAGCAGGCUAUUCCUAAAACUCUUGGAAGCAGUUCUUAAAACUGGAAACCGCAUGAAUGAUGGCACUUUCAGAGGUGGCGCACACGCAUUUAAGCUUGAUACACUCUUGAAACUAUCAGAUGUAAAAGGAACUGAUGGCAAGACCACACUACUGCACUUUGUGGUUCAGGAGAUCAUCCGUUCUGAAGGCAUACGAGCUAUCCGUAUAGCCAGAGCAAACAAGAGUGUCUCCAGCACGAAAACUGACGAUUUUGCUGAGGAUCACACUGAAGAAUCAGCAGAGCAUUAUUGUAAGCUUGGUCUUCAGGUGGUUUCAGGCUUAAGCAGUGAACUCGAAGAUAUAAAAAAAGCAGCAUUCAUAGAUUCUGAUGGCCUAACAACUACAGUGUCAAAACUCCACCACUCAAUGAUAAAAACUAAAGAUUUCCUGAAUGCUGAGAUGAAGAGUCUGGAUGAAGACAGCAAAUUCCAUGGUGCACUGGGUAAUUUCGUGGAGUGUGUGGAAGCUGACAUUUCAAGGCUAGUGGAGGAAGAAAAGAGAAUCUUGGCUCUGGUGAAACAAACCGCAGAUUACUUCCAUGGGAAAGCAGGAAUGGAUGAAGGCUUGCGCUUAUUUGCAAUUGUACGUGAUUUCUUGAGAAUGAUAGACAAGGCAUGUAAAGAGGUUAGGGAUACUGGGAUGAAGAUGGUGAGGACUUCCAUGAAAGAGGCUCCAUCAGUGUCAUCUUCUUCAGAAACUCAUCAGCAGUCUUUAGAUGUACAUCAGCGGCUAUUUCCAGCAAUAGUGGAGCGGCGGAUGGACAACUCUAGUUCAGAUGAUGAGAGUCUCUCUUCUUAGCUUUCAUCUUUAAUAGGUGAACUAGAAUGUUUGAAUUGGAAGCAUAUAGUUUUCCUCUCCCCACAUUUUGAAUUGAAGUAAAAAAGCUUUCUGCUA